ACUACACACACUACCACCGCAAACCGUCUCCAUCUAGCGAUCUCACUCAAUCUCACUUGAGCUGCCAUGGCCGUGAACGACACCAAGCAGCUGGCCGACGCCGAGAACCCCGCGGUCACCAAGUUCGGAGACUCCGACUCCGACGUGGACUUCGCGGGGCGCGCCAACUGGCUGCGCGCGGCGGUGCUGGGCGCCAACGACGGCCUCGUCUCCACCGCCUCGCUCAUGCUCGGCGUCAGCGCCGUCAAGCAUGACGUGCGCGCCAUGGUGGUGUCGGGGUUCGCUGGCCUGCUGGCUGGGGCGUGCAGCAUGGCCAUCGGGGAGUACGUCUCCGUCUGCUCCCAGCGGGACGUGGAGAUCGCGCAGCUGGACCGCGACGGAAAGCGGGGCGGCGAGGAGGAGAGGGCCCUGCCGAGCCCCGUCCAGGCCGCGGCGGCGUCCGCCCUGGCCUUCUCUGUGGGCGCUCUGCUGCCUCUGCUCGCCGCCGGGUUCAUCGUCGGCUACAGGCUGAGGGUUGCCGUAGUGGUCGCCGUGGCGACCAUGGCGCUGGCCGCGUUCGGGUUCAUCGGGGCUGUGCUGGGCCGGGCGCCGAUAGCCAAGUCCUGCGCCAGGGUGGUGGUGGGCGGGCUCGCCGCCAUGGGUGUCACCUUCGGCCUCAUGAGGCUCUUCCGUGCCAGCGGCAUAUGACGCGAGGUUUUCUUUUUGCUGCCGUCACGUGCGGUAUCCAUGCUUUCCUCGUGAUCGUGGUGGCGCCGACAUACGUCUUCUCCGGCCGAUCGAUCAUCCGUGUUUGCCUCUCUGAAUCGAUCGGUGGCGCAAUGCAAUGCAAUGCAUGCCGGCCGUGUUUGGCUAUCUAAUUAAUCUCUACUACUCCUGCCUGCCACGCUAAUGUAACAUUGGCUGCAAUUUGCUCUAGACCGCUCUGAGCAACACACUAGCCUCUUUUACUAGUUCUAUAUACAUGUAACAUUACUAGUACAACAUCCGUUGAAAAUAAUUGACUCAACU